UCUGAAGAAGUGAAUCGUACAAUAGAUAGUGAAAGCUGGGAAAUCGCUUCCAAAUCGUUUCGGUUUUGUUUCUCCACUUGGAUUCGCCAGCCGGAAAUUGCCUCCUCGCGUGAAGUAACGAAAUUCCGAAGCAAACAAAAAGACGAUUGAAAAACAAUUAUACCUCCCUGUUGAUACCGCGAGGGAAAAAGUAAAGCGCCUCUAUAUUGGCAUACGAGUGGGCUUGAGUGUGCCGGUUGAGUUGAUUACUAAAAGUCUUCACUACACUAGUUUGGUUUUGAUGGUGGUGAAAAGCAAAAAGUGAAACCAGUUCAAAGAGUUUGCCUGAUUGGAAAAUCGUUCCGUUUUUGCAUAGGAAUGAAUAAAAAAAAGCCGACAGACAAUGCAGUAAUCAUUAGUUACGUAUGCUUCGCGCGCGGUGGUGGCGCUGCUGAGAUUCAACAGAACGUAACCAAGUCAACGCACCAAUCGCAGCAGGCGCCUUUUUCAGGUGCACCCUUCGCCUAAAAACCUGACGAACGAUGCAACAACAAUAGUGCAGUGGUUUUCAACUUUUUUUUUGCUACGGCAUUCUGAGCCCUAGAUAUAUAAUGCUUUAUUUUUAUGUUAACAUAAUUAGUUUUUUAGUAAUUUCAAAACAUAUCAAAUACAAAAUUGAUUUUAUCUACCUCUUGGCUUAAAUGAAAUUGGCUGAAAUUUAGACCAGAGACUUCUUUCCGGAUACCAGUCAGGAUAUAAGUUCCAUGGAUCGUGAUCAAAGACAUUGGCAAUCACUGAUUAUAACACAGACAGAGAUUCGCAACAAAGUCGAUCGCAGUGCACCGUAAAUCGCUCCGUCAGUUGUCAGUAGAAGUUUCGAACCGGCUACUUAGCAGGGCCUACUGUGUGCGGUCACUCUGACACGUGAUCACGUGAUAUCACGCACCCAGCAAGCAUAUAGCGCCAUCGUCAUUCACAACGGCUAUUGCAGUGCGCCCAACCAUCAGUGACAACCGUUCGCCGCCCGCUGAAAACGGAGAGGAGAAGGAGGUGGAGUAAUGAUUUUUCGGAAUUUUCUUUUCCUCGCCCACCAGCUGAACGUCAAAAGUCGGUUUAUCUCGUGACGAACGAUCCGCACGGUGAAAAACUAUACCCGGUGCAAGGCGAGGCGGUAUGAGUGCAAGAAGCCAUCCAUCAUCGACAUAGAGAAGGGACACGUAGAAAAUGACCAAGCCACCAACGGAGUCGACGGAGACAAAAAGCAGCAGCGGUUCAACAUCUCUUCGACGUCAUCGAGCGCUGUUGUCGCGAGGAGUCCCCCCGGAGCAGGCAGUCCACGCUCGACCAGUGAGCGGAUCAGUCGCGUCUUUCUGUACGUGAUUCAGUUUGUCGGAUUCGGUUGUUCGAUCGCGGGUAUCGUCCUCGUUUGGUACUUCAUGGGUUGGGAAUUUGGACUGCCGGCGGUGCUGAUCGGCCUGCUGGCCGUGCUGAUUGCCAGUGGAAAGUGGCGCUGGUUCUACAUCGCAGCCGUGACGAUCCCUCGGGAUGUGAAAGCUCUGGCACGGUACGUAAAAUUGCUAAUGUUGGUGAAAAAAUACAACCGCCAAAAUGCCACCAUCGCAGACAUCUUUGCCGAAUACGUUGCCAAGCAGCCGGAGAAGGUGUGCCUCAUCUUCGAAGACCGCAAGUGGACUUUCAGAGAGGUCAAUGACUACUCGAAUCGGGUGGCGAACGUGUUCCUCAACAACAAAUACAAACGUGGCGAAGUUGUGGGUCUUAUGCUGGAGAAUCGUCCUGAGUUCGUGGCAAUGUGGCUUGGACUUUCCAAGCUCGGGGUCAUCGUUCCGUUGAUCAAUCACAAUCUACGGAAGAAUGCCCUCUUGCACAGCGUCAACGUCGCCAAUUGCAAAGCGUUGAUCUAUGGAGAAUCGUUGAGGGACGCUGUACAGGAGAUUAAGGAAUCUUUGCCGUCAUCUUUGGAACUUUUUCAGUUCAAUGAUGCGGUCCAACAACCCGUCCUAGAUAUUGCUCACGACUUGGCAAGUAUGUUACAGAACGCUUCCAAGGAACAGCCAACGGCGAACGUUAAUAAACCUGAUCAUCACGAUAAGUUGUUGUACAUCUACACUUCGGGAACCACUGGACUGCCGAAGGCGGCCGUUAUUACACAUUCCAGAUUCGUAUUCAUAACGGCAGCCAUCCACAUGGUGGCCGGUUUCCGAAACGACGACAUCUUCUACACUCCUCUGCCGCUGUAUCACACGGCUGGCGGCAUGAUGAGCAUUGGACAGGCUUUGCUGUUCGGAGCUACUGUUGUCAUCCGGAAGAAGUUCUCUGCCUCGCAGUACUUUGCCGACUGUAAAAAAAACAACUGCACGGUUGGUCAGUACAUUGGAGAAAUGUGUCGCUACAUCUUGGCAACCCCGGAUUCUGGAACUGAUAAGGCGCACAAGGUUCGACUGAUUUUCGGCAACGGUCUGCGCCCACAGAUUUGGCCACAGUUCGUAGAGCGGUUCAACAUUCCACGGGUCGCAGAGUUCUACGGAGCUACCGAAGGCAAUGCUAAUAUUGUCAACAUCGACAACACGGUGGGCGCCAUCGGAUUCGUAUCCCGUAUCAUACCGCAAGUUUACCCGAUUUCGAUCAUCCGAGCAGAUCCCGCCACCGGUGAACCCAUCCGUGGCAAAAAUGGUUUAUGUCAGUUAUGCGAACCAAACGAACCGGGAGUAUUCAUUGGCAAGAUUCUGCCCAACAACCCGAGCCGAGCGUUCCUCGGUUAUGUGGACAAGAGCGCUUCGGAGAAGAAGAUUGUUCGCGAUAUUUUCAAGAAGGGUGACGCUGCCUUCUUGUCGGGUGAUUUGCUAGUUGCUGAUGAGCGUGGCAAUCUGUUCUUCAAGGAUCGAACGGGAGACACCUUCCGGUGGAAGGGUGAGAACGUAUCCACCAGCGAGGUGGAAGCCGAAGUCAGCAAUGCUUCGGGCUAUCGAGAUACAGUUGUAUACGGCGUGGAAAUUCCCAACAUGGAAGGUCGAGCCGGAAUGGCUGCCGUUCUGGACCCAGAACGCCAAGUUGAUCUUACAAAACUAGCCCAAACUCUGAAGGAAACGCUCCCAUCCUACGCCAGACCGAUGUUUGUGCGUUUACUAACAAAAGACAUGGACAUGACAGGUACCUUCAAGCUGAAGAAGCUCGAUCUCCAAAAGGAAGGUUACGAUCCCAACGUGAUCGAGGAUGCCCUAUUCUACCUUUCGCCAAAGGGAAGCUACGAAAGCCUCACGAAGGAAGUCUUUGAUCAGAUCAGCCGAGGCGAAAUUAGAUUCUAAGCUCUGACUGAGCCAGCAGUUCCGGUUCAAGCAAACUCCAUCCUUUUCCGUGACCGAUUCAUGAUGCUCAACUGUUGUGCUUCCUUCCUCCUGUUUCGUUCCGUCUAUAGUUUUGCAUGGUCCAUCAAUCCCAUUAGUUUUGUUCCUCCUGUGUCCGAUUAUUAUAAGUAACUGUGAUAUCGCGUGAAAGUGGGUGGGUUUUGCUGGCUUGAACGAAACGGUGAACGACGGAGGAGAACUUUCGAGUUUUCCGCCCCCAACAGGAUCCAAUGGCGCCAAUGAUAUGUUUAUCAGUACUCUACGAGUUUAUGUUUUGUCGGUUAGAAUUUUCACCUUUUAUACACCAAUGUUUAUAGCGAAUGAUCCCGAAGACACGAGAAGCCACGCGCCGCUUAUGUUUCAUUCGUGGUUCAAAUUGUUUUGGAUUGUUUUCCUGUACUUACGCGUAUUUUUUUAGUUAGGCAACUAUUUGCAUUUAAGCAGAAAGAACGAAAAUAGAUGAAACAAAAGAUGAAAAAUUAGUCUUUUAGACACAUUGUGGAAUAAAGUGGUUAUGUACUUUGUA